AUGGAGAUGCAAGUGAACUGGAACGUACAAGGCAGUACAUGAAUGAAGCUCAGUCAGGGGCUAUGACAUGUUUGAUCUGCAUUGCAUCAGUUAAAAGGAACCAAGCUGUCUGGAGCUGUUGUGGAUGCUUUUGUAUAUUUCACCUGGUGUGUAUCCAGAAGUGGGCCAAGGACAGCCUUUUCCUUGUGUCUUCUCCUUUGACAGAUGAUAGUUUUGGGAAGAAAGAUUAUCCUUGGCCAUGUCCAAAAUGUAGGUUUGAAUACAAACGGUCUGAAACUCCCAGUAGGUAUUACUGUUACUGUGGAAAAGUGGAGAAUCCAACACUGGACCCAUGGCUGGUACCUCACUCCUGUGGUCAGAUAUGUGAAAGGGAAUUCAAACCUUCUUGUGGUCAUAAAUGUUUGCUGCUCUGUCAUCCAGGACCGUGUCCACCUUGCCCAAAGAUGGUCACAACAACUUGUCACUGUCAGAAGGCUAAACCAGUGCCGCGAAGGUGCAGUGCCAAGGAAUGGUCUUGUCGCCUGCCAUGUGGACGAAUGUUGCUGUGUGGACAACACACUUGUGAAAAUUCCUGUCAUGCAGGAGAUUGUCAGCCUUGUCCACGAGUCAGUAAACGGCGGUGCAUCUGUGAAAGACAGACAGCAGAAAGACUUUGUGCAAGUCCUCAGUGGCAAUGUGAUCAGGCGUGUGGGAAACCUUUGCCUUGUGGUAAUCACACAUGUGAAAAAGUUUGUCAUGCUGGUCCCUGUGGAGACUGCCCUCGUUCUGGUAAAAGGUCCUGUCCAUGUGAAAAAUCAAAGUUUACAUUACCUUGUACAGAAGAUGUGCCCACCUGUGGUGAUAGUUGUGACAAAGUUCUGGAAUGUGGCAUCCAUAAAUGUUCACAGCGCUGUCAUCGAGGUCCCUGUGAAAUAUGCAGACAGGAAGUUGAAAAACAGUGUCGCUGUGGAAAGCACACAAAAUGCAUGCCAUGUCAUAAGGCGUAUCUGUGUGAAACAAAGUGUACUAAAAUUCGUGAUUGCCAAAAGCACCAAUGUAGGAGAAAG